CUACUGAAUAAAACCUUCGUCCAUAUUAAGCUCGGCCACGUGUCUCUGUGUUUUGUUAUGGGUUUAACCCUUUAAACGACCCAGUUUUCCGUCUUCCUGAAAACCUCCCGGUCACCUGGAGAGCGGAGCAGCUGCGGGAUGGAGGCGCGUAAAGGAGGAUGAGGAUGCGGCGCAGAGCCUGUGGAUGUUCCGGGUAUUAAUAGGAGCGCUUGAGUGUCGCAGGCGUUACUUUCGAGACUGGGGGGCUUGGUGGAGGCUCGGCGGGCUUCUCAUCCAGACUGCGAGGUCGGAAUUAAAAAAAAAAUAACAACAAAAGACAAGGAAAUAAAAGGGAUUUUUCACUUGGCAACAUGGAAAACGUACUCGCGGUUCUGAAUUUGGGCGAUUUCGCCCAGGCUUUUUCCAAAAUGGGAAUGUUUCCGGUGUUUGAUGUCGCCUAUUACAUCGUUUCCAUCCUCUACCUCAAGUACGAGCCAGGCUCGGUUGAGGUGUCUCGCAGGAGUCCUGUGGCCUCCUGGCUCUGCGCCAUGCUGUACUGCUUCGGCAGCUACAUCCUGGCAGACAUCAUGCUCGGGAGCAGCCCGCUCGACUAUUUCCAGUACAACAGCCACAUCCUGCUGGCCUCGGCCGUCUGGUACCUCAUCUUUUACUGCCCCCUGAACCUCUUCUAUAAGUGUGUGGCCUUCCUGCCGGUCAAGCUGGUGCUGGUGGCUCUGAAGGAGGUCGUCCGCACCCGUAAGAUCGCCGCCGGCGUCCACCACGCCCACCACGCCUACCAUCACGGCUACUUCAUCAUGGUGGUCGUUGGAUACGUCAAAGGGUCUGGAGUGGCUCUUAUUUCCAAUUUUGAGCAGCUGCUGCGCGGCGUGUGGAGGCCCGAGACUAAUGAGAUCCUCAACAUGUCAUUCCCGACUAARGCCAGCUUGUACGGAGCGAUUCUGUUCACCCUGCAAGAGUCUCACUGGCUGCCAGUGUCCAAGAGCGUCCUCAUCCUCGUCUUCACCCUCUUCAUGGCCACGGCGAAGGUAAAACCCUCACCGGAAACCAGGACAUCAUAUUACGUACGGUCAGAGGCGAGUAGAGUAGCCAAAGAUUAUUCUCCAGUAAGAGUAGCACUACUUCAACAUACUUUUACUAAAGUAAAAGUAAAAAGUAGCCAUACAAGACAAAAAACACAAACACAUCAACUAAACACAAGUCAAAACUGGAAUUAUCCAGUCAGGGAUGUUUCAGGAAUCCACCUCUUCCAUUUUGUUUAGUGAAUUACUGAAAUA